UGCUGCUGGACCGCCUGACACGCGCAGGCAACGCGACAAGCAGUCCAUUUGCGUCAUCCUCUUCCUGCAUGUUGCACGACCGGUGAAAUCCGCACCUAUCGCACAAACCCUGUAUUCACACCUACUGGUUAAACUGCGGUGGACAGCGCGCGUCAAUGACACGCACAGUUAUUUUACCAAAUCACAUACUUGCCGCGCAUUAAAAACUUCCCGGUUUGCUCGAGGGCUAUAUCGAGGUUGUACAGGGAUUGUUGUGCUUUGCGACACGUUUUGGUUGCCUGCGCCAGGAAUUGGCGUCGGUUUGGUGUGACAGCAGCAAUCGAGGCUGGAGAGUGGCGGCAUUUGCAGGCAUUUGAAGGGAUUGCAUCUUUUGCCCAUCGCCAAGGAGAGAAAUGUCAGUGGCACUGCAGUGCGGCGCUGAGUGUUGUAAGUGUUGGGGACCGGCAACGUUAACGUUGCGAGGAGUUGUGCAUGCGCAUCGCAUCUCGCUGCUAGUGGCAAUCAGUCGCAGCGCCGUUGCGGAUCAUUUGGCCGUUUAACGCAAUCCCGACAUCCUCUGGCAUAAAUAAAGCGGCAAUUGAUUCAUUGUCUCUCAUUACGCGGAUGAGCAAGCGGGCGAGCGGCCAGCUGAUUGAUUCGCAGUGUGCAACAGUGUCAAUGGGAUUUGAUUGCGUAUCUGCUGUUUUCUAACCGUUUCGUGUGCACCGGUAUCUAUGCAAAAAUGUCCAAGCAGUGGAAGGAUAUGUGCAAGAAGAUCUUCACCACAAAAGACACUAAUUUUGAGCGUGAACAGGAGGACUUCCACCGGACGUAUCGAUUGUUACUCCUCGGCACCAAGGAAUCCGGUAAAACAACCAUUAUGAAGCAGAUGAAAAUUCUCUAUGGAGCGGGAUUUAAUGAAGUGGAAAAGAAAGCAUUUGUUAAAGACAUACGCAACUACGUCAAAGAAAUCGUGCAGAAAACACUACACAGCGCCGCUGCACACCGCAACGGUAUCCGUCUGGAGCGCACAGAAAAUGACCGAUACGUUGAGUAUGUAUUAUCCCUGGACGCGGUAGAAGCAGUGGAAGCGCACGGGCCGGACGACGGGCACGUGCCGCUGCAGCUCAACGGCAACGACAGUCACACCGAUCUUGACCUGGUCACACCGGAGUUCUGGGAAGCCGCCCAGGCGCUGUGGACGGACCGGGGCUUCCAGGAGUUGUGCGGCCACAGUCCACAGUUUCAGCUGCUGGACAAUGCCAAAUAUUUCCUGGACCGCAUCCCGCUGAUCCGCUGUCCAGAUUACCUUCCCGAUGAACAGGAUAUUCUACGGGUCCGCGUCCACUCCACCAACAGCAUGGAGACCGUCUUCGCCAUCGACCAUAUACGCUACCAUGUGUUCAACGUGGCCGGUCAGCGGGAUCAGAAAGGCAAGUGGCUCCAGUGCUUCAACAACAUCACCGCCAUCCUCUUCGUGCUUCCCAUGAGCGGCUACGAUGUAGUCGUGCCCGACGAGCAGGACGAGACGCAGAUGACCAACCGGCUGGCCGAGUCGCUCCACGUCUUCGCCAUGCUAUGGAACAGCAAAUGGCUAACCCGUAAAACUGUGAUACUCUUCCUCAACAAACUCGAUCAGUUUCAGGAGAAGAUCAUCAGGAGCUGUAGUUCGCUGGAGGCCUUCUUCCCCAGCUACAAGGAUUAUUGCGUUCCAUCUUCCGCAAUGACCUUGCCAGGAGAUAACCUGGAAUCACUACGAGCGCGAUACUACAUACGCCACGAAAUAACGAGGAUCACGUCAAGUUCCAACACGCAGCACGUUUGUUAUCCGCACUUUACGGCGGCCAUCGACGGGGAGGCGGUACGGCGGGUCUUUAACGACUGCCGCGACAUUAUCCAACGCUCGCAGCUGCAGCACACCCAGACCACUCUGUAGAAUGCAGUGUACCCGGCUAAUUGCUUGUUGAUACGCGCUGUCCUGUGCAAACAGAUCGAGUUUCCUAUCCCUCAAUCAUGCCCAUUCAUGACCUUUAUUUGUCCGACUAGCUGUUCUGAUUAAAAAUGCACAUUUCUGUUUGUGUCGGCGUUUGAUUGGCUUGAUUAUUGCAAGUAACAGAUCUCCGUGUCGACUGCAUAAUCAUUUACAUUCAAUAAUGGUGCACUGUAGUGCAAUAUACUGUACGUGCCGUCAAAUUAAAGUACA